UUGAAGAGCGAAAGAAAAAUAAAGAUGGAGUGAAAAGAGUAGACUUUUUGCAACUUAUGUUGGAUUCAGAGGAAAAUAAUACUACUAUCGCCAGCGAAGACAAUAACAAUCAUUCGGAAAAAUACAAAGAACUUCAGACAUCGGAUGACAUUGAGAAAACGCUUACAAACGAUGAAUUGAUCGGUCAAUGCGUGCUUUUCUUCUUAGCCGGUUAUGAGACGUCCGCCACAACAAUGUCUUUAUGUCUGAACCAAAUCGCAAACCAUCCGGAAGUUCAGCAAAAACUAUAUCUCGAGUCGAAAAAAUAUUUCGAUGAAUUCAAAGGCGUCGAUUACGAUGAGUUAAAUUCAUUGAAAUAUUUGAAUGCCGUUAUAAUGGAGACACAGCGUCUGUUUCCGGCCGCCUUCUUCUUGGAAAGAGCCCCCAAUGAGGACUACGAGCUGAGGGGCACCGGAAUUACCAUCAAAAAGGGUCAUAUCGUUCACAUCCCGACG